AUGGCCGUGAAUUGCAAGAAGCCCUGGGGCUAUCAGUGGCGGUCCUCCAAGAGCUUUAUCAUUUUUAUCAUAGUCCUGGCCUUAUUUGCUGACACAUUUCUGUAUGGAUUCAUCGUCCCUAUUCUGAGCUACAUGCUCGAAGUCCGUCUAAAUAUCGACCCAUCGCGAACACAAGACCUCUCCUCGUCGCUCCUCUCCAUCCACGGUUUCGUGGCUUUGGUCUCAGCGCCCAUCGUCGCCCAUUUUGCAGACAAGACGCCAAAUAGAAAAAUACCACUGUUGAUAGCGCUGGCAGCAUGCGCCAUCGGAACGGUACUAGUUGCCUGUACCCCUUCCCUUUGGGGGCUCUUUGCCGGUAGAAUGCUACAAGGAGCCGCCGGCUGUGCCACAUGGAUUGUGGGAUUCGCUACGCUAGUGGAUAAUGUUGGAACUGACAAGAUAGGGCAGACCAUGGGUCUCUCGAUGUCCUUUGUCAUGGCCGGCGUUGUCCUUGGGCCGGUGGUUGCUGGAUCCCUGUUGCAACUCAUAGGAUACUGGGCUACUUGGUCGGUUCCUCUGCUUAUUAUAUGCUUCGAUAUCAUCGCCCGUCUACUCAUGAUUGAGGGAAAGAAGCAAUCAGAAGAGCGUCAUGAUCAAUCACUGAAUCAACCAGCCGACACCCCGGCUGAUGAACAGACCUCCCUGCUUCAGCCAAGCGAAAGCAGCCGGCAAUCAUCCAGUGUAGAUGAACCGGCCAAGGCAGAUGUUGAGAAACCGGCAUCUUCCCGUGGUUUCUACCUUACGACACUGAGCGAUAUCCGUGUAGUGGUAGGCCUUGCAAGCGUGCUUACCAUGUCUUCCAUAAUAUGUGCAUUUGACGCGACCCUGCCGCUCCAUCUAAGAAAGAUAUUCAAUUGGGGCAGUUUGCCCGUCGGAAUGACGUUCCUUGCCCUGCAGAUACCCGUUAUGCUCCUCGGUGCUGCGUCUGGAUGGCUUCGUGACCGGGUAGGACUCAAAUAUCCCACUGCAAUAGGCUGGGCCCUUCAAGCUCCACUAAUAUGGCUUAUGGGUGUCCCGGGAGAUAGUCAUUUCCCGUGGGCCGGCGCCGAUAAUAAUGGACAGGCCAUCUUUGUGUCUGCCAUUGUGGGAGUUGGAACUGCUUCCACCCUGAUUCGUGGUGCUGGCGUUCUCCAGAUGACUAUGGUUGUGACUGAGCUGCAGACCAAAAAUCCAAAGAUAUUUGGAGAGCAUGGAGGUAACUCUCGAAUCUCCUCCAUGACAGAAGUAGCUUUCAGCCUUGGAAUGGUCAUUGGACCUGCUGUCUCGGGUGCGUUGACUGAGUUGAUAGGAUACUACUAUAUGAGUUUUGUCUUUUGCGCACUAUCCGUGAUUCUCGCAUUUUCCACUUUCCUCGUAUUUGAUGACAAGCGUCCUGCUGAGCGUCCGGAGGAUGUCUAG